AUGCUGCAGAGAAUAGCUUUGUGCUGUGCUGCCUGCCUGGUGCCCAUGACUGCUGUUUCUCCAGAGCAGAGACCUGUUGUGAGAUGCCUGGGCUACAAGCAUCUUCCUCCUUAUGGGCAUUGCCAGAGAGCAUGCCAGCUUUCACUCUGCCAGCAGUGUGAAGUCCCCCAUUCCCUCCUGCCCUCGGUAUUGCCAGACUACCAGGAGGCAAGAUUUGAGACUGCUGAAUCUCCAACUGAAAGGAGCAGGAAGCAUGUGUUUGAGUGGGAGAUGGGAAGACCAAAGCUGGUCCCAGGGAGACAUAUGUCCCUGGAGAAUGGUCUACAGGUUGAUGCAAGUGUCCCAUACAAGGAAUGGUCCUACGACCAGGAAAGGGAGGAAGAGAACCCCAAGACAAGCAUACAUGAAACAGAGGGCGCAGCUCAGUUCCAGGAAGUGGUGACGUUCAAGGACGUGGCUGUGGUCUUCACCGAAGAGGAGCUGGGGCUGCUGGACUCCGCCCAGAGGAAGCUGUACCAAGAUGUGAUGAUGGAGAACUUCAGGAACCUGCUGUCAGUGGGGCAUCAACCAUUCAAACAAGGCACGGUCCAUUUAGUAAGGGGAGAAAAGUUUUGGAUGAUAAAGGUGGCAACCCAAAUAAAAGGGAAUUCAGGAGGCAAGAUCCAACAAGAGAUGGGGACCAUUCCAGAAUCAGAACCACAUGAAGAACUUUCCUACUGGCAGAUCUGGCAACAAAUUGCAAGAGACUUAAUCAGAUGUCAAGCCUCCAUGAUAAAGAGCUCUCAGUUCCCCAAACAAAGGGAUUCUUCCAGCCCUGUUGGGACAGGACUGUCUUUAACUCACACAGGCCAGAAAUCUUACCAAGGAAAUGAGUGUAAAAAAGUCUUCAGUGGUGUGUCCAUCUUUGAUCUUCAUCAACAGUUAAACUCAGGAGAGAAGUCUCAUACAUGUUUUGAGUGUGGAAAAAGCUUCUUCCAUAGGUCAGCACUCCGUAUUCAUCAGAGAGUUCACUUCGGAGAAAAAUGUUAUAAGUGUGAUAAGUGUGGUAAGGAAUUCAGUCAGAGCUCACGUCUGCAAACUCAUCAUAAAGUCCACACUGUAGAGAAACCAUUCAAGUGUGAGGAAUGUGGGAAAGGCUUCAGUCGUAGAGCAACACUUAGUGACCAUUGCAAAUUACACUUAGGAGAGAAACCUUAUAAGUGUGAGGAGUGUGGGAGGGCCUUCAUUCAUGCUUGCCAUCUUCAGAACCAUCAGAGAGUCCACACUGGGGAGAAACCGUUCAGAUGUGAUAUUUGUGGGAAGAACUUUCGUCGUAGAUCAGGACUUAAUAGUCAUUGCGUGGUCCACACGGGAGAGAAACCAUACAAAUGUGAGGAGUGUGGGAAGUGUUUUGGUUGGAGCUCAUAUCUUCACAUCCAUAAGAACGUCCAUCUGGGACAGAAACCAUACAAAUGUGAGGAGUGUGGAAAGAGCUUCUUUUCUAAGGCAGAUCUUUAUUGUCAUCAGAGGAUUCACAUAGAAGAGAAACCCUAUAAUUGUAAGGAAUGUGGGAAGAGCUUCAGAUGGGCUUCACAUCUUUUGGCCCAUCAGCGAGUCCACAGUGGAGAAAAACCAUUCAAAUGUGAAGAAUGUGAGAAGAGAUUUGGUCAGAAGUCAUACCUGAAAGCUCAUCAAAAAGUCCACAGUGAAGAAACGCCAUACAAAUGUGAAGUGUGUGGGAAGGGCUUCAAGACAAAUUUGGAUUGUGACGUGCACCAGAGUAUCCACACGGGAGAGAAACCGUACACAUGUUGGGAGUGUGGGAAGUGCUUAAGUAAGGCCUCACAUCUUAAACUUCAUCAGAGAGUCCACACUGGAGAAAAGCCGUACAAAUGUGAUUUGUGUGGUAAGGUCUUCAGUCAGUUGGCACAUCUGCAAUCUCAUCAGAGAGUUCACACAAGGGAGAAACCUUACAAGUGUGAGAUAUGUGGUAAGCACUUCAGGUCAAGUUCAUAUCUUAAAAUUCAUCACAGAAACCAUUUUGGUGAUAAAUUUCAUCCAGUCUUACAGGAAGGAAAACAAUUUCUUUUAUUCAAGUGA